AUAAUUUGGGUGUGAUUGAUUCACUGACGAAAAACGCGUACGUUAGGCGUGAGGCUGAGUGACGCUAGUGCCAUGAAUCAGAAUCGCCUAUUUAUCGUCGCAACCGUCUUGACAGGCUUUGCAAUUGCAUUAGUUUCCGCAUUGAUCCUUCUCGAUCCGAUCAUGCGAUUUAUAGUCUACGAACAGACAGAGUUGGUCCCAGGGACUGUGACCUACGAACAAUGGGUUCAGCCGACGAUUGACAUUUAUUUUCAGGCAUACUUGUUCAACCUAACAAAUCCUAUCGAGUUUCAGGCAGGCGAAAAGCCUAUACUUCACCAAUUAGGACCGUACACCUAUAAAGAACGCCGCUUCAAGAAAGACAUUAUCCCACAAGCUAUGCCCAGCACUCUCCAGUACAAAGAAGUAAAGGAAUAUCAUUUUAAACCAGCCAUGUCUGCUGGUUUGGAAUCUGAUGUUGUAACUACUGUGAGCUUGGGGUACCUAGCGAUCGACACAAAAUUCGGUUGGCUACCCGCAGUCAUUGAUCGCAUGAUUGCAUUACUGGAGCAAUGGGUCGGAGAACACCUAAUCGUACGCAAAACAGUUGGCGAGAUUCUGUGGGGCUACGAAGAUCCAUUUUUGGUAUUUCUCAGAAGGAUGAAUGUUCCAGUUCCUUCAACGAUGAUCGGGCUAUACUUGGGCAAAAAUGGCACCGAUGACGGACCAGUGGAAGUUUAUGCAAAUAACAAAGAUCCAGAGAAUUUUGGGCAUAUUUAUAAGUAUCGCGGGUCACGCAAUCUGUUAUGCUGGACUACACAACAGGCGAACCAAAUCAAUGGUUCUGAUGGGUCACUGUUUCAUCCGUUUAUGCAUUGGAGCGAACACCCGUAUGUAUUCUCCGCAGAUAUUUGCCGUUCCAUUCAACUGCAACCAGAUUCCAUGAUCGACAUGUACGGGGUGCCUGUCAUUCGAUAUCUUCCAUACACGGAUACUUUCAGCUCGCCACUUACAACGGAGAAGAACAGAGGAUUUUGUAUCCACUGGCCAAAUUGCUUGAAGGAUGGUGUUUUUGAUGUGUCUACUUGUAUUCCGGGAGCCCCCAUCGCUAUGUCACCACCGCAUUUGCAAUACGUAAGUUGCUUGGUAUAUUUUCACUGUAAUGACUCACAGUUAAUGCAAAUCGGCUUUGACCCCCUGUGA